AUGAAGCUCCAGCAGGUCUUCCAAGGCUCUCUGCCUGUCUUGAUCCUGGCCAGCUGUGUCAGUGCCGCCCAGCCUUCCGGCAUCAACCUGCGGACGUUCAUUGGUUGCGCCGUGCGCGAAUUCACUUUCCUGGCCAAGAAGCCUGGUUGCAAGGCGAUGCGCAUCACCACCGAUGCCUGCUGGGGCCGUUGUGAGACUUGGGAGAAACCAGUCCUGGAUCCCCCUUACAUCAAAGCGCACCAUCGGGUCUGCACCUACAACGAGACCAAGCUGGUAACGGUGAGGCUGCCAAACUGUGCAGCUGACGUCAGCCCUGUCUACACGUACCCCAAGGCCAUCCGGUGUGACUGCAGCGUGUGCCUCACCGCUACUACAGAAUGCGAGACCAUCUGA